GCAUCCAAGGUGGAGGCAAGUGCAUGCUCUUUUAAGAAGAUCGAAGGCUGUCUUAUUUUGUGUCAAUGUGCAUGCGAGCACGCACAAUCACACCAUUCAAUAUCAGAUACUUCGCCCGUUGUUUAUCCUCGGUGGCAAUAUAAAAACUAGCGCCAAAACACAUUCUUUGCCCAUGCUUCUCUCUUUCUCUCUCUCGUUACUUUAAGGUCCAUUAUUUCAUUGCUUUUAGCUUUCUUGCAUCUCAUCCCUCCUUUGCAUGUUCUUUUGUUAGCACCGCCUUCACGAUAGGGCUCCUGUUUUUCUCUUUUUUUUUGUUGAAGCACACUCUAUCCUACACUUGAAUAUUCACUCCAAAGCCACGCUGCCGCUUUUUGCGCAUUUUUCAAACCAUGGGCGCCUCAUUGAUCGCCACAUCCAUUACCUUUGAUGUCCUCCUUGGAGCUCUACUAGUAGGAGCAUCAAUGGUCCUUACACUUCACUCCCUCGCCCGUAUGAUGUUUUUGAAACGCACCGCCUCAAAAUACCAUCUCUUCCCCAUCAUCAACAUCGCACAGCUUGUCAACGAGUUUUGUGUCUUCUUCUUAAUCACCACAGCUUUCGAAGUCGUAUCCUUCCGCACCGCCCUUUGGCUCAAUGUUAUCAAUAAUAUCGCCUACUUCAUCACCAAGCCCAUCACCAUGUAUCUCGCCUACCUUCGAUGUUCAACUGUCUUCCCUGCUUUUCGCAAGCUCGAUUUGUUGCAUUUCUUCUUGAUUGGCUUCCGGGCUAUUGAGUUAUUUGCCAUUAUCAUUGUCAACAUCAUUCAAAACGAACUCUGCGAUGGUUCUGUGGAAAAAGGAACCAGAUGUGAGGGCUUGACUAUCGCCUGGACCUUUCGUGAUGCUGGUGCGCCUGUGUUCCGAUUUUAUUACAUUCUCUGUGAAGCCAUCUUCUAUUAUAAGCUAUUUACCACGCUAACGGGGAUGAGUUUGGGCAAGAACGUCGAGUUAAUGCAGUAUCGCCGACUUCAGACGUCCCUGUUCACAGUCGAUUUGAUUCUAUUGAUCGCUAUGUCUAUCUACCGCAUCAUCGGGAUCUUUAACACAAGCCUACCCACCUAUGUCUACUAUGAACUCUUCUCAUCUACCUUGACCAUCUUCACGCUUACUGAGUUCGGCCUCAAUAUUCGAAUGCUAUUCAACACAGUUCAUGUGGAGGGUCGCGGCCCUUCCGAUAUCAACAGCAAUGAUGGUUUUAGCCCUGAUGGCUCGAGCCCAAAUAAGCUCGAGAUGGGAUCCAUUCCCUCGAAUCGGCCUCGUCCUUUAACUAAUAACUCGACCUCACCAUUAGCAACCAAUGCUGCUGACUUUAGUAAUAGCAGUGGUAUUGAUAUCUCUAGCUCCCCACAUCAUGCCGGUUUCACGCCAUAUCCUGUUACUCAGUCAAGCGCGCCAUUACAGGACGAUUGGCUCCGUGAUCCUUAUCCCUCAAAUGAUCUAACACCGUGGCCCAAAGUCUCAGAUCCAUAUCACGAGAAGCAAGAGACUGUGCUUAGACCAAACCCUACCUACACUUCAUUUGACCGCGAGUACCGUGGAUCUACUGCUACUCAUGAUCGCCCAAUUGUAAUGCCCACAAGACCUGCUGCACGCCGCAAUUUCGAUGAUUAGAUGAAUUAGGACUAUUUUGUGUUUACUCACUUAAAAAAGACACACAUACAUAGCAUUAAUGGCAGUCUUGGAGCUGUCCUUUUUAACCUCCUUCCUCUUCUUGAUACCCGCUAUCUCCCAUCCACCCACCUCCUUUCCUUGAUGAUAGUUAGCAAGAUGCAUGACAAAAACCACAUAUUAUGUAUAAAAGUAUUGUAUG